AUGCGGUCAUUAUCUCUUCUCACUUGCUUCGUCGCCUUUCUGGCGCCGAUAGCCUCUGCUAUUCAGCUCCUGGAAUCCAAUGCACUCAGCGUGUGCAUGGAAAGUAGCAACUUCACGGCAACCUACUUCAGUGUCGUCUUUUAUCCCGGAAACAACUCUCUUGUGGUUGGCUUCGAUGGUGUCUCCUACAUUGAGGGCAAGGUCGUUGCGGAGAUGACCCUCAGUGCAUAUGGUUAUGAGGCAUACAAAAAGACGCUCAAUCCAUGUACAAUCAAGGGCAUGGGCAUGUGCCCCAUGUCUGCUGGACCUAUGGACCUUGGCCCGCUUUCUCUCGAUUUGCCAGAGGGCACUUCAGAGAGCAUCCCAGGAAUUGCCUAUACUGUUCCCGACCUUGACGCGAAGGUGCGCAUUGUUAUCAAGACGGCCGACACGGGUGAAAAGAUUGCUUGUGUCGAGGCUGCGCUUUCCAACGGCAAGACCGUUAAUCAAGUUGGGGUCUCGUGGACAACCGCUGUUAUCUCUGGUCUGGGACUCGCUGCAUCCGCCAUCACCUCCGGACUAGGUCAUUCCAACACGGCAGCUCAUGUUGCGGCAAAUGCGCUCUCUCUCUUCGGAUUUAUGCAGUCGCAAGCGAUGAUUGGUAUGAUCUCUGUAGACAUGCCUCCGAUUGUCGAAGCGUGGACCCAGAACUUCCAGUGGAGUAUGGGUAUCAUUCGCGUGGGCUUCAUUCAGAAGAUUGCUACCUGGUACCAACGGGCGACCGGUGGAACACCGUCCACUAUCCUGUCGCAACUUGGUGAUACUUCCGUGGAAGUCCUUAGACGCCGCAAGCGUGAUCUUGUGGACCCUGCAAUGGAUUUGGUGAAGCGGGCCUCUGGCAUUGCCAAAAGAUCCGACGCCCAGAAACUCACUGUUAUCCGAGGAAUCGGCCGUGUUGGAUUCCGUGCGGGCAUGGAGGAAACCAACAUAUUCCUUACCGGCCUGAUUUUCUUCUCCGUCUUUGUUGUCUUUGUCGUCAUCAUCGUUGCGGCCUUCAAGGGCAUCACCGAGCUGCUCGUUAAGCAUGGCAAAAUGAAGAGCGAAAGGUUCCAGGACUUCCGCAAUGGAUGGAAGGUGGUUCUUCGUGGUAUCUUGUUCCGACUGACACUCAUCGGUUUCCCACAAAUGUGUGUCCUUUGCCUCUGGGAGUUCACCCAGCGCGACUCAGCAGCCGAGGUGGUUUUGGCCGCGGUCAUGCUCCUGUCUAUGCUCGUCUCUCUUGGAUGGGCUUCUCAGAAGGUUAUUCGGUUGGCCAAGCGCUCUGUUACUAUGCACAAGAACCCGGCCUAUAUCCUCUACUCCGAUCCCACCUGCCUAAACAAGUGGGGCUUCCUGUAUGUGCAGUACCGAGCGACAGCAUACUACUUCGUUGUUCCGUUCCUCGUCUACAUCUUCAUUAAAGGCAUGUUCAUUGGCCUGAGCCAGCCUGCACCGGUCGUUCAAACAGUGGCUUUGUUGGUUCUUGAGCUGGCCAUGUUGGUGGGUGUGUGCGUGCUUCGUCCCUGGAUGGACAAGAAGACCAACAUCUUCAACAUCUCGAUUGCUGCAAUCAACUUCCUCAACUCCGUCUUCCUAUUGGUCUUCUCGGAUGUGUUUGACCCUCCGGGAAUGAUGAUCGGUGUUAUGGGGGUCAUCUUCUUCGUUUACAAUGCUAUAUUCGCAUUAAUCCUUUUGAUUCUAGUUUUGAUCGCUUCGAUCUACGCUAUUGUCUCCAAGAACCCCGAUGUCCGCUACCAGCCCAUGCGCGACGACCGUGGCUCGUUCAUCAAGUCACAGACUCAGCUUACCACUGAACUGGAUGCCCUUGGUGCCACUGCCCGCGGUGAUGUCAAGUCUGGGCAAUAUACCCACAAUCCCUUCGACGAUGACAACGCCUCUAUCUCCAGCGGAAACGGUGUCACCGUGGCCCGUCAAAUGGAGUCCACCUACCCACCACACGGCUCUGUCACCCAGGCACCGCGGUCACCCGUUGACCCAUCCGUGCCACUAUUCCCCAGUAACUCCCCGAGUCAUCACAAUCCCGCCGCCGGAUAUGACCACUACGGUCGAUCUCCUUCACCUGCGCCGCGGAGCUAUGAUAACGCUCCUGUUGGCCAAUCUGCUUUGUCCACAACCUAUCGAGCCCAGAACAACGCCAGUCCUUGGCAACGAGGCGCUGGUUAUGACCACUAA